CUCUCUCUCUCUCUGUUUCGACGAAGGUUUAAGCUAUGGCGGAACCAAACCAGAUCCCUUGGAAGCGAAUGCGAUUCUCAUCUCCUUCAGCUACAGAGAUCAUCACUGUUAGAAAAUCACAGAACCAGCGAACCGCAGCCGCCGUAUCCCAAUCUGGGAACCGAUCUCGCGUCCAUCAUUCAUCGCCAUCACUCUAUGGAAAGAUCGAUUCGAAGAUCACUCGUGCGUAUCCACGAGUCACAAUCAAGGAUCUGCGUCUCAGACGCGUCUUCUCCCCGAGUUCGAUCUCCACCGGCUGUGAAUUUAACGGCAAAGGAAAAAACCGAACCAAGGAGGAACCAUACCAUGAAUGUAUUUGCAAUUGUCCCGAUUCGAACAGAAUUGUAGAAGCAGAAGAGUUAAUUCAAACGACGUCGGUUGAUCCUGAAUUGUUAAAUAAAGAGAUCAAUGUAGCAGCAGUGAAGAAAAGUGUUACUACUAAUCUCGGGAGCAAAUCGGUUCUUCAUCCAUGUUCUAUAGCUAAGAUAUUCAAGAACCCUGGCUCUCUUAGCUAUAAGAGAUUGCUUCCAUUCUUGAUGCAAGCUGCUGAUGAUGGAACAUCUUCGAGCCGGUGCUCAAAACCUAUAAGCCAGAAUCCUCCAAAUGUAAGUUUGUCUUGUGACAAAGAAGCUGGAGAAAAUGUUGAAGGUUUAAAGGAGGAAGUUAGUGAAUUGAUGACACCCAAGUGUCAACUUCCUGAAACUACCAAACCUGUUUCACAGUCUGUGGACACGGUCUUUGAUAAAGAUUCAGCUGGAAGCUUAUGUAGUAGAAACACCAGUCCGUUGAAGAGGGUUAUUGCAUCCAGCCCCAACAAGAAAGCUGUAUGCUCUAGGCGCAAAUUAUUCAAAACACCAGGUUCCGUUAAUUACAGAAGAAUGCUUCCAUAUCUCAGAGAUAUUGAAGAGGAUAAUCCUUGCAUGCUUGAAACAGUUAACCAUCCAGAUCCUCAAGAGAAUAAAGAGGAGUAUACUUCAUCAUCAACAUUAGUCUCUGAGAAUGAGGGGAUACAGGAAAUAGGGACAUCAAAUGCUGCUAGAGAAUCAGAUACAUCCUCUAACGAAAACAAAGAGCCAAUUCCUUGUGAACAUGUAUCUGUAUCUCCAGAACAGUCUGAACUUGACAGGGAACAAGAAACUCAAGUUAAGCAUGUCAUCCCAGAUACUGAAAAGAACUCAGGAACUCCUUUAGGCUCUGAGAUCCCAUUAAGAACUUCAAGUGAGGUUGCUUCCUCUGCAUUGCCCAAAGCAUUUGUCAACAAUUUGGUGGGCGAAGAAAAUAUGAAUGGUGCACAGAAAACAGAAGCAAACAUCAGUGCAGAGCAACUAACAGAUGAGCUGCUUGACUCUUCUACUGUAUUAGCAACUCCUUCCUCCAUUUCUCCGUCAAAAGGAAUUCUGAGAAGAAGUAUGAGAGGAUGUAGAGGGAUAUGCUCUUGUUUGAAUUGCUCCACCUUCCGUCUAAACGCUGAAAGAGCAUUUGAGUUCUCAAAAAAUCAGUUACAAGAUACUGAAGUAAUGGUUUUGGAUCUAGUUGGAGAAAUAUCUCGUCUCAGGGAUAUGUUGGAGAAAUCAGCAGAUCAUAAUGAAUCCUACAAAAGUCAAGCUGGAGAAGCUGCAACGAGAGCUUGUGAGGCUGCAGAGCUAGCAAAAAGCCGUCUCCAUCAGAUGAACGAUGACCUUCAAGUUCACUGCAGAAUCCCCAACGAACAACGAGCAAGAGUGAAAUUUGCUCAUUACGUCCACGAGAAGACGAUCUUAAAAGCACCCGAAACGAACAACUUGAUAACUAGAUCACCCUGAAGCAACUAGGAUGGGCACUUUUCAAUGCCCUUAUCUGUCUCCAGAAUAUCCAGUUUCAUGUUUUUAAUUUUGAAAAGUGAGAAAGGUACUACUACUAGCUGUCUUUUUCUAACCAAGAUAGAAGCAUCAUAGAUCAAAUUUGCGCUUAUACAUAUAGUCCAUGUGAUCAAAUUUAUUAUAAGGUUUCUUUUUCAUUUUUUUUAAAAAACGAUCUCUUGUUCUAUGUACAUACACAAAGACUAUAAAAGCAAACCUCCUGUGAUA